UGGUGGGUCCCGCAGUCCCGUCCCGGCCGCUGACACAGGCCCGCUGCAGGCAGAGCCCGGAGUCCCGCAUCGCCUCCCGCAGGAUCUCUAGGGCAGUGGCUGUCCAGAUGACUGUACCCCUUUUGUGAGUCUGAUUUCUCUUGUGCACCCCUAAAUUGCUCCUCGCUUAAGAAGGAUUUGCUGGCCAAACCCGACCUCAAAAGACCAAAGUGUCCCAGCGCGCUAACGCUGACGAAUGGCCGACUUUCUCAUUUUGACCAGGGGCUUAUAAAAGAAAUCCGCUGGAAUAGCAAUAUUGUACUUCCAUUUCGCCCAUCUUUUCGCAGAUCUUCCUCCAGCUAGGAAACCAGCCCGAUGUUCCUGGUCAAGAACUUCCUAGGAGGAGGAGGGGGAGGAGGAGGAGGAGGAGGAGGUGGCGGGGGCUUCGGCGGGAACAUCGGGAACGUGAUCGGAGGGUUCCUGAGUGGUGGCGGUGGAGGAGGACGGGCUGGAGGUGGGGGAGGCGGUGGCGGAGCCAUGGGCAUUAUCGGGGGAGUGAUCAGUGCCAUCAGCGAAGCAGCAGCUCAAUAUAAUCCGGAGCCAGCGCCCCCUCGCAGCCACUUCUCCAACGUGGAAGCGAACGAGAGCGAGGAAGUACACCAGUUUCGGCGCCUCUUCACGCAGCUGGCUGGAGAUGACAUGGAAGUGAGCGCCUCCGAGCUGAUGAACAUUCUCAACAAGGUGGUGACCAGACAUCCUGACCUGAAGACGGACGGGUUCGGGAUUGAUACCUGUCGCAGCAUGGUGGCCGUCAUGGAUAGCGACACGACCGGGAAGCUGGGCUUCGAGGAGUUCAAGUAUUUGUGGGGGAACGUCAAGAAGUGGCAGUGUGUCUACAAACAGUACGACACGGACCGAUCUGGCACCAUCGGGAGCAGCGAGCUGCCAGGCGCCUUCCAAGCAGCGGGCUUCCGGCUGAACGAGCAGCUGUACCAGAUGAUCGUGCGCAGGUACUCGGACGAGAACGGCCACAUGGACUUUGACAACUUCAUCAGCUGCCUGGUUCGCCUGGACGCCAUGUUCCGUGCCUUCAAGUCUCUGGAUAAGGAUGGGGACGGGCAGAUCCGGGUGAACAUCCAGGAGUGGCUGCAGCUCACCAUGUACUCCUAAGAGCCUGCAUGCCAGCCUGGACCGACGGCCCAGAGGGCGCCCCCCCGGCCUCUCCGGGCUCCAUGCUGCGACCUGGGCCUCUCCACGCCAGUGGCGACCAGCCCUUCUCUUCGCUUUUUGAUUUCCAACCCCCCACCCCGGCUCCCUGGAAGACCAGAUGUCCCCUGCUCUCCAUCCCCCACCUUAGCCGGCUCUCCUCCAGGACACCCGGCCGCUCAGUCUGGUGCUGUGUACGCUCCGGGGGGGAGGGAGGGGGGGCUUCCGAUUUGGAGGUAUGUCUGCUGCCAUGUGAUCCACGCUUCAUUGAUCCCUCUUCGGGCCCCAAGGAGCUCCCAGCUCCGGUGGGCGGGGGCAGAAACGAAGCCAAAUGCAGCAAUCAGUGGAGCUAUUUACCCCUCCCCACACACGCCGGCAGAUUUUAACUUCCCGAUCGGCUGGGAUUCCGGUUCCCUUCCUGGCUGGACUUUCGUCGGCUGAAUGGGAGCCAACAAGGCCAGUUCCUUCCCUGCAUGCAGUUUCUCUGCCCAGGCUCUAGUGAGGCUGGGCACGGGGUGGGGGCAGGUGGCAAAGCUUUUCCCUGUGGCAGACAUGGCAGCCGACCUGGCUCUCUGUCUUCCGCUAGUGGCUAGGUCUUGUAUUGCGAUUUUAUCCAGCUGCUGCAGUAAACGCUUGUGCUUUUUAGUCGGGAGGUGCUGGGUUCGAUCCCCCGCAGACCACCCAAGCCAGGGAGGUAUCAGAUGGGCAUCAAGUGCCCCCCCUGCCCCCAAGGGCAUCAGGUGAGGCCACUGCCUAGCUGGGGCGUAUGUGAAUCCAGGGCUGCCCCGCUCGGUGGUGGCAUUUUGGAAGGCAGGAGGGAUGCCCGGGCUGUUGGGGGUUUGCCCUGGAAUGUACCAGCUGUCUCUAUCCCUGACGCCCACCGUGUUUUCUAAAGCUCAAUAGAAACAAUAAUAAAGUUCUAUAAUAACAUGUCA